AAAAAAAUUAGAGAGAGCAAGACUAAACACAUUAGUAGUAUUUCGUACGUGGUAUUAAUGAAUUUUUAGAUUUUAAGAUGGCGUGCAUAUUCGGCUCCUUUCAUACCAUUUGAGUCUUUCUCUCUCCUCUCUCCUCUCUCCUCUUUCCUCUCAUUCUCUCUCCUCCCCUUUCUCUCUCCAUCCGAAGAAAGAACCCUAACCCGGCUAUUCCCGUUCUUCGUCAUUUCCCGAUGGACGGCGAUGGUGGUCUUAAUAUGCGGAAUUGGGGAUAUUAUGAUCCUCCCAUGAAGCAUCUGAAUUUGCAGCUCAUGUCUAACAUGGCGGACCGGAAACCGCUACUUGGAAGCCGUGAGUCGGCUUUAAUUGCGAAUUCGAAUGCCGGGUUUCAUCAGAGGGAUUAUGUGGUUCCGAAUUCUCAUUACCCGGUUGAUUAUAAUAUGAGGGAAGCUUGGAUCCAUAGAGAUAAUAAAUUUUUUAAUAUGUUGCCUACUAGUCAUAGUUAUGCUAUUCCUACUGAGACUGCCCCAACUCAUCACCCUAUGCAAAUGCUUCGACAACCCGAAUCUUCAAAUGAGGAAAGGACGGUCCGAAUUGAGCCAGUAUGUGAGAUCAAUAAUGGUCCCAUGAAAAAGAGAUCAGCUGGGAAAUCUGAAAAGGCUCCUAAAAUGAAGAAACCGAAGAAGGCCCCUAGCGGCCCUAAGGAAGGCGGCAGUGGUUCAGGUCAAAGGGCAAAGUCUGCGAAGAAAACCACGGAGGUUAUCAUAAAUGGAAUUGAUAUGGAUAUAUCUAGUAUUCCGAUUCCAGUUUGUUCUUGCACCGGGGCUCCUCAACAAUGUUAUCGAUGGGGUUCUGGUGGGUGGCAGUCAGCAUGCUGUACUACGAGUUUGUCAACGUACCCCUUACCAAUGAGUUCUAAACGACGUGGAGCAAGGAUAGCUGGGAGAAAGAUGAGUUUGGGGGCAUUCAAGAAGGUGUUGGAAAAGUUGGCAGCCGAAGGUUAUAACUUUACUAACCCAAUUGAUUUGAGGACUCAUUGGGCUAAACAUGGUACCAACAAGUUUGUCACUAUCAGGUAGAUGUACAAUUCAGAUUCUACUAUUGGCCUCACUUUGCGUUCGGCCUGCUUCUCAUGUACAUAUGUAUGUCGCCUGAAACUGAGGCUCGUUUAAAUGGUUUGUAGUCCAUGAAUUAUCCUUUUCCAUGUUACAUGUUCUCGAAAUUUACUACCUUUUGGGGUUCUAAGAUUUGUUGUUUCAUUCUUGAUUCUGCUUGUAGUAUUAGGAAUUCCACUAAUGUAUCUCUGCCUGGUUAGUGAAAGUAGUGGACGAGAUUUUAUUUAUUUCUUCCUUGGAGCAUAAGCUUCAUAGUUGACAGUAUCAUGUUAACAGAUUACUAUCUUCCUUAUAAAGGUUUACUUCUGCUGACCAGUUGAUUUGA